AUGACAGUUCUAAUUCUGAUCGCUUGGUCCUACUUGGCCUCGUCCGUCUUCGGUCACGUCAUCUUCCCGGGUGCGUACAGACCUGGAUCAUUCAGUGGCACCAGCGAACGUGGACUCGGGUAUAAUCACAACGGCUAUGGUGGCUCUGGAUAUCCCGGAUCCGGUUACAAUGCCAAUGGUUUCGGAGGUCCUGGAAUACGUGGAUUCAGUCCGGUUGGAUUCAACGCGCCUUCAUUUCGGCCAAAUUACGGUUCCUCCCGUCAAGGUAGUUCUGCAUAUCCAGGACUGGGCUUUGGCGCACCUUUAAGUCGAUGCAAUGGCGGCAAUUGCGGCUAUUGGGGUGAUUGUCACGGCAGCAGUUGUGGUGUCUUCUAUGAUUUCAGGCCCUGCCAUACCAUUGAAUGUUACGACGGACCCUUCCACGGUUAUGGAUGCAUUGACGGAACUUGCAAGAAAGUCUGUAGUAAUGGCAUGUGCAAAGACUUUGUUGUUUCCAACUGCUCUGGCAGAGACUGCCAAAAGAACGACGAAGAGACGCAGGAAGAACCUAGCAGUUCUGGUGAAACCUGA